AAACCUAUACAGGAACCCACGUGUUUCAGCUACCAGGGAAGCAGCAGGGAGGCUUCGCUGUGUUAGGAUCCUUUACAGUUGCACUCACAUCUGCUUUGACUCAGCUGUUUCUGCUUUGUUUUGCUCCCGAACAUUUUCCCAACAUGUCUUCCUUCAGGAAAGCGCUGAAAUCCAAACAGAGAAACCACCACGAGAGAUCCCAGCCUGGGUUCAGGAGGAAUCUGGGAUUGUUGGAGAAGAAGAAAGACUACAAACUCCGAGCAGAUGACUACCACAAGAAACAAAACACUCUUUCUGCUCUGCGAAAGAAAGCUCUGGAGAAAAACCCAGAUGAGUUUUACUUCAAUAUGAUCAACUCUCAAGUGAAGGAUGGCAUUCACAUAGCAAGAAAGUCUAAGGAUCAAGUGGAGAUGACGGAGGAGCAGAAGAAAUUGAUGAGAACGCAGGAUAUCAAAUACGUGGAGAUGAAAAGGGUCGCUGAAGCCAAAAAAAUAGACAGGUUGAAAGCAGAGCUCCAUCUUCUGGAUGCAGACGGCAAACAAAAAAACAAACACACAUUUUUUGUGGAUUCCAAGAAAGAAGUAAAGACGUUUAACUUGGCCAAACAGCUCAACACAGUUCCUGAGCUGGUGGGCAGAGUUUACAACAGACCAACCCUCCAAACCCUGGAGACCCAGAGCAUCAAGGGAGUAGUAGGGUCAAAGCAGAUACAGAAGCUGGCCAGGCAGAGGAAACACCAGUACAAGAUUCUAUCUCAGAGGAUUGACAGAGAAAAGAAAAUGUUUGUAAUUAGCCAGAAGAUCCAAACCCGUAAGGACCUACAGGAUAAGGCCAAGAGAGUGAAGGUAAAAAACGAGACCCCCAAAUCUGCAGCCAUCUACAAGUUUGAAACCAAGAGGAAACGCUGAGGAGACCAGACCAGACUGUAGGGAGAAAAACACAGUGGUUGCUGACUGAACCUUUACAUGGCACAGAUCUGGUGACACCAAAAUGAUAAACAUUGUUUAGUCUCAGAAUUUGUUUUGUACAUAUGUUAUACUUAUAGUUUGUUUCAAAUAAAAGCAUGAACUGCAAAUGUUUUGAUGA